AUGACGGCUACGCUGCAGCCAUUUGAGCUGCGGGUGCAGCACAUAUUCUCCGCCUCGGAUCGGAAUGCCGACAGCGGCCUCGACGAGGAUGAGGUCGCCUGGCUCCUCCGAUCCUGCAACCCGGACUCUGCCUUGACAGAGGAACAGAUACAGCUCAUCGUCGAAGAGAUAUGGGCGUCCUUCUCGGACCACAUCUCCUCCCACGGCUUGACACGGGACGGCCUGCGUAGUCUGUACACCAGCGGCCUGGCCGACAUAGAGCAUGACUAUCGUCUGGUCUGCGAUCGGGCCGCAGACGCCCUUGAGGCGAAGCGUGCCCUGGAAGAGGUCGUGGCGUCCAGCGAACAGCCCUCCCCCGGGACCGCCGCCGUGCUGGAGGCCGUGACUUCUUCGCUGCCGCGGGGGGCACGCCUGCUCGAUCGGGAGCGGCAGAGCGCCGGGCGAGCCAGGGAGCUGCAGCUGCAGCGGGCACCUGCAAGUCUCGACAAAGUGACGCCACAAGACGGCACCAACAAGCAAGGUUCCGUGGAAGGCGGCGUGCCUGCCGCACCGCCAUGCACCCCCUCAGCGACGGGCGGGGGUGCCGCGCUCGGCGCGACGCCCGCGCGUUCUGUGCGCGGCACCUCAGCGGGGACAGCUGGCGCUGGGGUCGCAGUCCUCGGUGAGUGGGCCCAUGCUGCGGCCGGCCGGGCCGCUGCAGCGAUGCCUGCUGCGAGUCCUGGAGCGGGCAGGGAGUCCUCUGGCCAGGCAACCGCAGUCCUGGAGGUCGAGCAGUCGGAGGGCAGGCCCGUGCCUGCCGUCGACAGCGCCCAGGAUUCUCCAGGAGACCGUCUCGCGGAGCUGACCAGACCUGGGCAGGACUGGAGCGGGCGGACCCUGGCCGAGGUGGCGGAGUACAGCCGGGUCCUGGCCGCAGAGCUGCGCCGGCGGCUGGCGGACGGCGGCGCCAACGUUGACGACGUGGCCGCCGUGCAGGCGGCAGUAGACUCCCUCCCGCCCCCGCCACGCGCCGCAGCGGCCCUGGAGGUGGCGGCGACGGAGUACCGCGCCGCGCUGUCCCUCUGCGCAGCGGCCGGCGAGGCGGAGCGGCCCCUGGCCGUCAAGGUCCACGUCAACUUGGGCAUAACGCUGGAGGCCUCGGGCCUGCUCAUGGCUGCCUGCGAGGAGUACGAGCAAGCCACAGCACUUAACGCCAACCACUUCCGGGCCUUCAAACUCACUGGCUCGGCCAAGUACGCGCUGGGGGACUUUGACGGCGCCAAGCGUGCCCUCAAGGCGGCUCUCAGGCUGAAGCGGGACUACGCCGACGCGCACUGCGACCUGGGCUGCACAUACUGCGCGCUGGACCAGGUGGAGAACGCCAAGCAGUGCUUCCGGAACGCCGUCAAGUGCGACCCCAAGCAUCUGGAGGCCCACUUCAACAUGGGCAACCUACAUCGCCAGUGCAAGCAGAUGGAGAGCGCCAUCCAGAGCUUCAACCAUGUGCUGUGCGCGGACCCAGGGCACUGGCGCUCCCUGCUCAACAAGGCUGUGGUCCAGACCUGCAUCGGCGAUCGGGACGAGGCGGCCUUCAACCUCAAGCAGGCGCUCAGGCUCUCUGGCCAGGGAGGCCUCUUACAGCAGGAGAUCGACCAGCUGAAGAAGAUGCUGAGGCAGGGCGCGGACUGGGACGCCAUCUCGCAGAUGAUGUCCUACAUCUCCGACAAGGCCGCGCAGGCAUGUCGCGCCAGGGCGCCUGUGUGCAUUGGGCAGGGGGAUCGAGGGGGCGUGCUCGAUGAUGGGCAGAAGCUCACUACAUCCGUGGAGUCGCUGGGCACCGGUGCAGCCCCCACGCCCCAGAGCCGCGGCCUCUUCAGCCGUGGGCUGGGCAGCAGCAGGCCGGCAGGCGGCGCGUCUCCAGCCAGGGGCGCCAGCAGCGUGACCCUGGGGGCCCGGACGCCCCGCUCCCAGCUCGCCCGCCUGGGUUACGAUGUGAAGGCCGUGACCGCCGCCGUGGACGUGCCGGUGCUGCAGCACCUGGCACCCCUCGCCGAGGUCAAGCCGGGGGACCUGGUGGCGCAGGCCCACGACGGCAACGUGGCGAGCCUGAAGCAGGGCAAGCAGCUGAGGCUGACGCGCGCGGAGGCGCUGCUGCGCGGCGUGCUCCACGCCACGCCCGCCGCGCAGUUCCAGCACAUGAUGCGCACGCUGAACUCGAGGGUGCUGGCCCCGCUCGACCCCGGCAGGACUGGGCAUGUCGACCUGGCCAUGCUGCUCAUGGUCCUUGCGGCCCUGGGGAACGGCGGAGCCAGGGGGCGGGUCAUGGCGGCCUUUGACAUUCUGAGCUGGAAGAAAGGGAGCGCGGGCGUGACGGUGCAGGACGCCCAGGCCUACGUGGCGACGCUGCGUCGCAUCUUCUCGCCCGGCCACGAGGAGGGCGGGCGUCGGGACUCUGGCGAUGAAACCUCCGACUCCCCGACCCUCGACGAGGCCGGCUUUCUGGCCGCAGUGACGAAUGCAGAGUCAGGUUUUGCCAUGUACGAGGUGCUGCCCGCCCUGUGCCACUCCCUGGCGUAG